CAAAACGGCCGCGAACCCCGCGGCUUGCACCGGAUUUUUUGGAGACGGCCGUCGUUCUGGCAGGUAUUCUCGUCGUCCCAGGGAACGAUGCAGCGAAGUGUGUUACUCUCGGCACGGAAACGUUAAGAAGCGGAAACGGCCAACGGAUUAAACUGCAAAACUCACACGUGCAGCCAUCGUACUCGAUUCUUGCUGUAUGUAGCUCGGCUUUCCAUUUUUUCUUGCAGACCGUACUCUUCGUUUCGCGGCUCGUCCUCCAGUUUGCCGUCUCUGUCGUUGCAACGGUGCGCUGCUCGCCCCCCCAUCAUCACCUGAGAAAGACAAGAGUCUUUCCCUGGGAACAUGACAUAAAAGGCAUCACGACUUUGGAUCUGUUGGUGCAGAAUGUCAAACCUAAUUUCUGCUGAGCGAGUUAAAGGACACAAGGUGGAUACGGAGUUCCGAUUCCGCCGUCGUUUGCUGAGUUGCCAACGCGGCUUUGCUGCGUAAGAAACCGUUCGAAUUGGGUCUUGCCGAUACAAAUGCCUUCUCUUCAGAGUCGGAUGCCACCUUGCCCGUCCGCGAACAACAUUCCUCCUCUUACUGAUGUCUUCCGGCUCGCAUAUCCGUAUGGUCUUUUCGUCGAGUUUGCUGGUGUGUCUUUGCCGAGCAUGCCUGUACUGAAGCGUCACCUGCUCUUCUCUCUCCUGCUGCAAGGCGUGAGAGUUUCGCAGCAUCCUUUUUUUCCCAUUGGCAGUUUCUCUUCUUUCAGACCGUUCCUCUCGGGAACAUUCCACCUCGUCUUCCCGCAAUGCCAGCAGGUCUGAGGCCUUUCGUCAAAACAAAACAGUUCCAUCGCGCAGAGCGCAGCGACGCGUCGCCAGAGUCCGCUCUUGACUGAUUUCUUCGCGUCCGCAAAAGCAUGAGAUCUCGCGAUUCCUCAGCUCAGUUGUCCACGCCCCUCGGAGAGGGCAGGGAAGGGACAGAGAAGUGUCUGUUGGCGUCUGUUGUCCCUUGUGUGUUUUUAACUGGGAAAAGAUGGCGAAGUUCAGUGUCGUGUCCACGUCCUAGCGCUCUUCCUGGCGUUUCCAAAAGCACAUGCAGUUUUCCUCGACCUUUUACCUCUCGCCUAUCUCGAAUGGACAAAGCACAAUGCAUUUGGGUCGCAAGAAAGAUGAAGGCAAACAAAAGAGGUGGUGCGUAGGAGACACCUCAUUCUUCUGUGGUCGAGUUCGCGCGCCGCGGUCACUGUCUCGCGUGUUACCCCUUGGCGCUCUUCGAGGGACGCUCGCCGGAUCCAAGUUUUGUCGUGCUUUUUUCGUGAUCUGUAAAAGUACAUUAUGUCUAGUGGUUCGAACAAAGAGCCGAGGGGACCUCGAAGUCUGGAGAAGUAGCGAACUCAUUUUAGACACCUCAGAGAGGCGGCACAAUGUGAAGGGACAUCGCGUUCGUCUCGUCGUCUUGCCACCGCUUCCUCCUCUCGCCUUCCUCAUGGCCUCAUCCUGCCCUUCUGCUGCUGGGCCUUGACCACGGCAAUUACCGACGGCGACUUCAACCAGAGAAAACGUUGUUUUCCACGUUCUCCUCUUCACCUAGACGAUGCGAUUUCACCUCGUUGUCGAUUUGCCGGCUCAUCCGGCGCCUCCGGGCUUCGAAGGAUUUGUCGUGUCGACGCCUUCUUUUGAUGAACGCGAGGGAUGUCUUCCUGACUCUUCUCUCUUUCUUCCUGAUGGAGCUCUUGCGUCACCUCUCCAGGGCAAAAGAGCUCUGGAAGAAGUUCAAGGUGUAUCAGAAUCGCAGCGAUCAACGGGGGAAGCUGACACAUCGUCGAGGCGCGCGCAUGUCUCUGGAAACGGCGAGUGUCCGUGCUCUCCCCUGCCCUCUUUCCUCGACCUCAAAAAGCCUCUUCCAUUCCCCGUCUUCUUCAGUUUCGACGCAGUGCCCCAUCUUCUCCAGUCGAGGUGUUUGCGUGCAGCUUCUGCCUCGUCAUUUCAUUCUGCCGCCUCUGUCUCGCAAAACCUUGCUCGCCAGCCUUCUGUCGGUCGGCCGGAGCUGAAGGCAGUGGACGGCGUGUACCCGCGGUCGACUUCUGGGGGUUCUCCAGUAACCUCUCCCACUUCGUCAGUUUCUUCUUGUUCUUCCGUGCCCUCAUCUCUUUCUCCUUCGUGCGUCUCUGGCUUCUUGCGCGUGUUUGAAGGAGACACGGGAGAGGACAGCGAUCUCCUCCUGCCUCCAUGUUUCGUUGCUGCAGAGGCUACCCAGGCUGCAGACCAGCCGCCACGGGCCUCUCCGGUCGUUUGCGUCCUGGGCGUCCCGUCGACAUGUUUACUGUCAGCGUUUCUGGGAUCGCUCGAAACCUAUUUUUCGUCCAUUGCGAGUGUCCACAUCGUUUCGUCUGCUCGCUUUCCACAUGCUUCUGCUUCGUCGCCGCCUUUCUCUUCUCUCAACCUCUCUCUGCCUUCAAGACCGACUCUCUGCUCUCACGACAGAGCCGCUGGGUCCGGUUUACGGCCGUGUGGAAAGCGAGGAGGAGGACGCAGAGCCGACCCCAAGCUGGCCAACGAGGACGAAGAAAAACGAGAAGAGAGAAGAGGAACAGAGAGUUACUUUGGAGGGAUUUAUCUUCUUCGUGGGAUUGCGGACGAUGGCGUCUUCGAACCAGGUAAAAGGGAAAGAAGACAAGCAGAGCAGGAAAAGCCGCACCAAAGAGAAACGAGGCAGAUGGAGGAAGGGAUCGAAAGAGUGGCAGGGGAGAGGGCAGAAGCUCAGGUCGAGGCAGAAGGAAACAGGCCUGAGAGACAGGGGAAGAGAGAGUGGAGACGAUGGUGCUGCGUCACUCCCAUCAUCGGCGGCGGCCUGGAGUCGCAACCGAGGCAGGGCGCCCCGGAGGCCAGAACAGAAGCAAAUCGAUCAAGAGAGAAGAAAGAGGCGAAAGGAGGUGCGAGUGAGGAAGAUGAAGCACGCAUGCAGGUGCGAGUGGAGGCAGGGCAAGCUGGAGAGGAGAUCCCAAUGCGGAAACACGAAGCCGGGGAGAGCAAGGCGUCCUGCUGGGCGAAAAGGGUAGAGAAGUCGAGUCAUCAGGACGCUUCCGAGGCAACGCUCUCGUCAACCAGCAGCCCAGAUUUUGAAACCUGCGAAGGUGAACUCGCUGGCUUCUACAGCGCCGUCCUCGUGUUCAAACACUCCAGCGAAGCGACGCGCUUUUCCACGUCCUUUCACGGCCUCUCCUUCUCCCGCGGUCUUCUGCCUUGUGCCCCGGAGAGGCCUCGGUCCUCGUCGCUGGCGUCUCUCUCCCCUUCCUCUUCGCCCUCUGCUGCUUCCGGAGCUCCGUCUGGUGCAACUUGUGCGUGGCUGGCGCCUCUCGCCUCCGCCAGUUCGCCUGUAACUGUCACUGCUGAAGGCGCCAGAAAAAGAAUUGGAAGCCGGACGAACUACCCAGAACAGAUGAAAAAACGAGAAGAGAAGGACGGGCAAGAAGAGAGGCAAGACGUAGGAGCGAGUCGAACAGGCGUGGAAACUGGCGAAACGAAAACUCGGACUAGCAGGAGAGACAGUCGUGGCGCCUUUUUUGGAGCUGGAGGCAGCAACUCUCGACCGGAAAGCGACGCAGGACAAGAAACCAGCUGUCGACAAGAACAAGUCUCGAGUCAGGUCCGAGCACUGUCUUCGUCUUCGCUCUCGAGCUCUUCUUCCGGUGUCCGUUGUUCGUCUCCAUCUCCUGUCGGCGGGAGAGAGGCGGGCCGUAUUUCUGUUUGGAGCUCUGCCCGAUGCUAUGUCCUCCCCCUCAGUUCUCUUCGCUAUCGAUGCGUGCUCCAACACCCUGGCCAAGAUAUUGAACAAGGAGCUGGCGACGGGGCGACCGUUUGGGCUCCAGAGCGAGACAGGGCCGAAGCUGAGCGCGUGCAUCACUCCGUCGGACCCCACACAGAAGCUCGAGAGCCAGAAGGCCUCGUCCCCACCCGUGGUUGUGACGAAGACUUCCUGCCGAUUCGUGGGCAUCCGCCUUCUCUUUCUGGAUGCAGACCAUCUCCUGCACCUUCUUCUUCACCGUCUCUCUUGCCUUCCGUUUCCCCGUCUCUCUCCACUUCUGCUUCAGUGCCUCGCCUGGUGGGCUGGGAAAUUCCGUUGUGUCCGGCGUGCCUGGAGCGCGUGGACGAGACUGCGACGGGCAUUUUUACGCAACCUGCAGGGUGGCAGGUGCGCGACGCACUGGCCUCUCUCUCAGCCGUCGCCGAGGUGUAUCGGCGCUGCAGGCGGAGAGAAGUUCGCGGAGUUUCCAGAGCGGGCGAGAGCAGAGCCGCAGACGGGGGGCCGAGUCUCUUUUCGGAGCAGCCGCAAGUCAGGGCGCAGGGCGCGCGCGAGCGAACUCGCAAGGGAACAUGCCCAGGCGACACCAGACUCGACGGCCCUCGAACAGCGGCGCGGCCGCAGGACGCUCUCUCUCCUCCGCCGGGGGACCGUGAGGGAGCGACAGACGAAUCCCUGGAAGCAUGUCUCUCUCGCUUUCUUCCUCUCGGCGCCGCGCAGACAGCUGCGAUUGCGACAUGUCGCGUCUGCUUCUCGCUUUUGCUGGCGCACUUUGAGGCGGCGCUAUCGAUGGCCAGCGAGGAGAGGAAGGAGACGGGGAGCUCGCAGGAGGAAGGAGACACACAGGCGCAGGGAGUUCCAGGCCUCUUUCGCUGUGGCUCGUGCUCGGAAGAAAAGGAUUUGUGGCUCUGCCUGGUUUGCGGCCAUUGCGGCUGCGGCCGGUAUCGCUCAGGUCACGCGAAGGCUCACAGCGCGGGGACCCGGCACCGAUUUUGUCUCCACUUGGCUUCUGGGCGCAUUUGGGACUACAGGGGAGAUGUCUUUGUCCACCGUCUUCUUCUUCCUCUCGCCUCGUCUUCUCUGCCCUCUCUCGUGCUCGCGCCUCUCCCUGCAGCGCAGAUUCUGACUCCCGAAGUGUCUCCGGAUGAAGACGAGCUGCUUGCCGGCGCCGCGAGUACGUACGCGCCUCUGCUGUCCUCUGUGUCGCACUUCCCCUUCUCGCCUCCGUCCUCUCUUCCUGGAUUGCCGCCGUACUCUCUCUGUCCUUUCUCUUCGCCGCGCGCGCUGCUCCACAGUCUCGCUCGGCCCCGCGGCGUUGUCAGCGCGGGGCUCACGGGUCCUCAGCCAGGGAGAAGAGAUCCGGCAAGCUUGUUGGGAGGUUCCUCCCUCCCAGACCACUGUCUCGCUCCUGUCCUCCCCGCAGCCUCCUUUCCUUCUUCUCACGCGUCUUCUUUGUCUUCCUACAUAUCUUCUUCUCCUCACGCUUCUUCUUCUCUUUUGUCGAAUGUUUGCUCUCUCCGCUGUGGACUCGCUGAUGGUGAAGAGACGCAGGAGGUGAAGGCGACGGAAGCCCUGGGGCCGAGAGGGGACUGUUUUAGUGUUGGCGCGAGACAGCGAGGGACUCGACCCCACACAGAGACAGUUGGCAAAGACCCGCGAGAGGACAUGGGGACAGAAGACUGGCUGUCGGGUCUCCACACUGACCGGAGACUCUCCAGUUCGGGUGCGGCCUCGCUGUCUUUCUCGCCUUCAGGCGAAGCGGAGCAAGCUCCGUCCGCGUUUUCUGACGACGCGAGUGAGCUCGUUAGUCCAGAGGGGCAGCGCGAAUCCUUGAGUUUUCCUCUUUUGUCGCCCUCUGCGUUUCCCCCGGGUCUGUUUUUCCCGCGCAGUCUCCUCUCAGAGGCCGCGGAUGGGUCUCUAAGAUCCUCGCCGUCUUCCGCUCUUUUCUGCGCAGGCGCCGAACGCAUGCAGCCCCUACUCUCUCCUCCGUUUGCGUCUCAAGUCUUGCCGGGGACCUGCCGCGAUGGAGCGGGAGGCCUGAGGGCGGUCUGCACAAGGAGAGAAGGAGAGAGUGCAUUCGAUAUGUCAGCAAAGACGCAGGAAGAAAAGAGCUCGGGCCGUGGAGAGGAGACACACAUCCCUUCACACACAGGGGAUCUCCGGGGAUGGGAGAAGAACAGAGUCGCUGGCAACGCGAGACGGUCCCCUCUCGCCGGGGACUCGCCAGGCGGGCCAAGUGGCCUGGGGCCUGCAGCGGGGACGGUCCCCACUCCUGGAGACGCACAGCAAGGCCUUGCCUCAGACGGUGUCGAUCUCUGGUCUCAGGUGCUUCCUUGUCUUCAUCCGAGGGGUCUCGAAGGCGAGGGAGAUUUCACCUCUCAUUUUUCUCGGACCUUGAGGAAGACAGGAAACGAAGCAGCGAGGCCUCGCGCCGAGGACGCGGGAAGACAAUUCAGUGUGGAGGAGGUCUCUCCCAACAUCGACAGAAGGGAAGGAGGCCAGCGAGACGACAACCAGUUUGCUGUUCUGCUCGAGAAAGAACGAGCAGCGUACACCUCAUACUACUCACACUGUUCGUCCUAUCCGUCGUCGUUGGCGUCGUUGCCUGGGGAAACGCGAAAACCUCUGUCGGGCUCUUCCCUGCCCUACGCCUCCACUUCGUCGCCAUCAAUCUGGCAGGCUGCAUCGUCUCCGCAGCCUCUCCGUCGCUGCACAGGUUCCGGUGUCUUUUCUCUCGUCGGGCACUCGCUUGGUGAAGCACCCCGCCCUUCCUGGUCAGAGCGACGCUCUACGGAGUCGGUUGCUGCAGGGAGCUUGAGUGUAUCGCCUGCCUCGGCGUCUCUCCCUUUUCCUUCGCCUCCAGGCUCUCCUCGUCUCCCCGAUGUCUCCGCUCCACGUUCCUCGGCCUUCUCGUCCUUGCUUCAGCAGGCCGAGCAGCCGCGUCCCGGUCUCGGUUCCGCGACUGGUGUGUCUCCGACUUUGCCAGCCGUCUCCUCUGGGUCUGAGAGGAGUCACCUGCUGUCUGAGGCGACGGAGACAGUCGCACCGCGGGGACCUGUCUCUCCCUUCCCCUCGUACUGUCCCCUGCCCUGCCAGUCUCUUCCUCAGUCGCACCUCCCCGCCUCGCUACGCUCGUGGUACCUCCGGGCUCUCGUUCCUCCCCCUUUGUCGUGGAGGAAGCGCGGCAGCUUCAACUUGCUGUACCCCGCUUCAGGGAAAGGGGGUACGGCCUUUCUUUCCAAGUCUGAGCAGCGAGGAGAGCGAGAAGAAGAAGGAGAGGGACAGAGAGAAGAAGAAAGAGAGGGAGAGAGAGAAGAGUGGCGGGGCCCGUUUGUCCCGGUGUGUCCGUCUUUUUCGAGGGAUUUCGAGCGUGGUGAGAACUGCAGGGAGGAAGAGGAAAGUCGAAGCUCCGAACCAGGAGACGGCGAGGAAGAGCAACGGGCUCUCGCAGGUUUGUGUGACGCUGGAAAGGGACCUUUUUUGCCGCCCCUCUUCAGAGUGGACAUGCGUGAAGGCAGGGAAACGGGAGAAACUCAGAAUCGUUUCUUCGGAGCACACGACGUUCAGUUCUUCGGCCAAUCGAUGCCUGGAAGAUGCGACGGAGAAUCCGCCCGAGGCGUAAAAGACGACCGCGCUUCCAUCUCUGCGGUUCUCCCAGAGACGUUUUGGCCGCGUUCCCCGCGCCUCCCAGCGGCUCAAGAGCGGGAGCUACGGACGCCGGAAGAGUCCGCGGAGGCACGGGGAAACCGCCAGGGGCCUCUGCUUGUCGAGAGGAGACAGGGGAGCGGAGACAGUGUGUUUCGUGACGUGUAUGGGGUGUCUCGAGAAGGACCUGUAGAGAGAAGUGUGGGGCGAGUCACGGAGAGAGACCAGAAAGAAGCCGAAGGUGCUGGACUGACUUUCCCCCAGUACAAUCCUUUCACCUGUCUGCCGCGAGGCCUCUUCGGAGGAGACGAAGGCGGCAUCCUCAUCGUCCCCUCGCACGCAGGAUCUCAGGAAGCGACGGGGGAGGAACAAGAAGGUGACGAGGACGGCUGUCUCUCUUUGGGGACCCACGGAGCGCCGGCGGUCCCGCGUGCGUCUUCGCUCUUCCUGUUUCCCCUGACUGCUUCGCCACCGCUGCCGUCGCUUACCUCGACCGGCGGCCGCAGAGAAGAACCGGCAGAGAACAACAGGCAAGAAACGCGAAUGCAUGCAACGGACACCAGACAGGCUGUGGCGGGGGUCUCUACUGGAAAUGCGCGGGGCGGGAGAGACCUGGAAGCGGCAGGCGCCGGAGGGCCGUGUUUGGGCGUUCUCCUUCUCCAAGAGAGAGAGCAGGCGAGCUGGAAGGAACAGCUCAACAGUGUGCUCUCUAGCCAGCUCGCGUACCAGAGAGAGAUCUUCGAGUUCCGCAUCCGAAACGAUGAAAACGCCUUCAUCGGGGAAAUUGAAAUGGCCACUGCCACCACAGAAAGCCUGAAUGAGCAAAGUGUCAGUCUGCAGGUUCAGCUCGCGGAUUUGGCAUGUCGCAGGCGAGAUGUGCUCAAGCGCAUUAAAGCAGUGCAGCAGAGAGUCCGGCACCUGCGGGAUCAGAAUCACUUUCUGCGGCAGUUAGUUGACUCCAUGAGGCGGCGGGGGGGCACCAAGAGCGCGUUACCUCGACCGACUUCUUCUCAUCGCAUGUCCUCGACGGCUGCCUCUCCAUCUUCGUCUUCCUCUUCCUCUUCGAGUCUCUGCUCAUCUUCUUCGUCUUCUCUGCCUUCCUCUCCCUCCGUCAAACCCCCCCGGAGCUUGCCAACGUCCGCCGCUCCACGGCUUCCCGAGGCAUCUCCCCGCCUGUGCGCCCCCGAGCACCCUUUGGAGCCCAACGGGCCCGCGCGCCCUGUCGCCGUCCAGGCGACGCGUGUGGCACUGGAGUCGGGCAGUCCUGGGAGCGCGGCUUCUUUUGUAGAUGCGCAUGAGCUCCUGGCUGGAGACUCCGGAACGAGGCUGGCUGGACCGCCUCCCUCGUCGGAGGGCCCCGACCCCACUGUCUCCAGCUCCAGUGUCUGCGGCGCCGCAGAGACUUUUGAUCCCAAAGCGGAGGCGGUCGACUCGGGUGGUGUCUCUUGUUCUCAGGAACCAACUCGGGAACUUGUGUCUCCUCAGUCGGCCGGGUGUUGGAUUUUGGAGGAGCCCGAUUCGGUGCGGAAGACAGGCGAAGAACUGGAAGCAACGGAGAAGACCCUGAAAGAGAAGAAGAGCAAGAAGACAGCGGAAAGGCGAAAGAGUCACCUCUCGAAGAAGGCAAAGAAGAAGGAACUGUUGAACUCGGAGCAGACCCAGCAGCACGGGCCUCAGUCCUCUAGGGAGGAGGGUCUCGCAGAUGCCGACAAACGAAAAGAAAAACGAACGCUGUCCAGCUCCAGCCUUCCGUGCUUGCAGUCUGUAGAGGGGAAACGAAAUACAGACAAAGGUGACGAAGCGAAACUCGCCAUGCUGGAUGCCACAGUGAACGCUCUACAAGCCGAGCUCUCGCGGAUGUAUGACGCGCUCUCCCGAGCUGGGUGUCAGUCUUGACGGCUGCCGGAUCUGCCGGCAGGAAGAAAGAUUUUCUUUUCAUGGUCAAGGCCGCGGCGCAACUCGAGAGCAGAAGGGUAGCAGGAUGUUCAGAAGGAAGGGGAGGUCGAUUAAAACUCGGGGCAGACGCGGGAAGGACGCAAUAAGGACAGCUGUCCCGCCCGAAGUUCUGUGCACCGGCUAUCUACAGAGGGGCAAACGCUUUGCUGUUUUGCUUCAGCCCAUGCGAACGUCGCUUCCACGGAUGUGUCUCGUCCUUGGGCUGAUUCUUACACAGGAAAUGGCGUUCAAAUGGUUACACGCAAUUUGUUUGGAUAAGUUUUUGUGUGGAAUGUCGCGAUGCUAACCUACCGCCUUGCUUCGACCCCGUUAACAGAGGUAUUCUCUGUCUCAACGGAGAUCCAAGUGACUUUUUUCCCAGAGAUCUGGAAAGGACCCUCACACUACUUCAUACGUUAUGUAGCGUCACCACCAUCUUGGCAACAGACUCCGCAGAUAUUGGACCAAGACAAAGCGGAAGUCACACACGACGUU